AACAAUGCGUAGUAGUCGCGUCGCGGGAGUCGCUGGAGGAGUUUCCUAUGGUUUCCUAUCGGCUGAGGUAGGGUGUAGGGUGGCUAGACCCUAGCUGAGGCGUCCAAGCACCCAUACGGUGUCGCACGGCCAAACAUAAAUAUGGCUGGGUGCUUUGACAAUAUUCAGUUCAAUCGCCCCGAAUGGAUGGAGCUCGGCGAAAAGAGGAAUGCUAUAGCGUCGAUUGUGGCGGGAUCUUUGUUCUUCAUUGGCUGGUGGAUUAUUAUCGAUGUGGCAGCACACUACCCCUCCAAUGCUGAUUUCAGCCAUGCUUUCCAUGCCUGCGGCGUCAUGAGCACAUUAUCCCUGUUCAUGAUCAAUGCCGUGUCCAAUGGCCAAAUUCGAGGUGACUCUUACACAACUGGCUGCAUCGGCCAAAGGGGUGCUCGGGUGUGGCUGUUCCUUGGAUUUGCCCUUGGCUUUGGCUCACUCAUCGCAUCAUGCUGGAUCUUGUUUGGUGAUUACGUGACACAAGGUCGUCUGAGAGAUGAAAACUUUUUUGAUGACCCAAAGCUGGCCCAUGUUGUGCCAGUCAGAAGGGAGGUGCAGUGGCCUGGCAUUGCUAUUUUCCUUCAGAACUCCUUCAUCUUUCUUGGCUGAACCCGAGUGCUUCAAGGGGGCCUGUGUCACGUCAGCAGUGCCAUCUGUUGCGAAGGCACGACACUACACAAGGGAUGAAUAUUUAUCAAUUACAAUGAAUUGCCUAGAAGUUUUAAACUUUGUUGAUUCAGAACUAAAAUUUGAAAGUGAGGCAGUACAGCUACAAGACGGGAUGAGUAAUUACCAUUUACAAUCAAUUUCCUAGAGUUAUUGAACUCCUUAUCCAGCACGGAAAAUUGCAAGUGAGGCACUAGAGCUAGAAACAAGGGAUGAAUAAUUAUCAAUUACAGUGAAUUGCCUAGAGUUUUUAAGCUGUGCUGAUUCAUAGCUGAAAGGUGCAAGUCAGGCAGUACAGCUAGAAAACAAGGGAUAGUAAUUACCAUUUACAAUGAAUUGCCUAGAGUUCUUAAACUGUGCAGAUUCCGAACCUAAAUUUGCAAGUGAGGCAGUACAGCUAGAAAACAAGGGAUGACCAUCCUUAAAAGUGUGGGAGACUCGUAACAAUAUUUCCUUCGAAAAACAACUGCAGGAUAUGAACGAGAAGAAAGGGGGUAAAUCGAGGGGCCCGAUUUUUAUUAGUCAUAUCAUAAGAAGCCAACAAACAACAAGCCAACAAGGAACAUAUUGAAUGUAAAACUAGGACCAACAUUCACAUCAGUGGCUGCACUACAAGCUUGUGCAAUUGGCAUGAACAGAUGCAAUGCAUGCUGCGCAACUUGCAGAGUUGCAUUACGUUGCUAGAACUUCUCUCAAGGUUUCCAGGGGUGCUGUUUCCGAAUAGAAGUCAUGGGGUAGAGGCUGUCGUUUUAGGGAAUAUUUACUGGAAUAGCUUUUGUUUCUUUUUCUGAAGUUUCUUGAGGAGGUGGUGUUGGAAUAGGUCUAAGCAGUGCAUGACGGACAAAGGUGAAGAGAGCUUAGUGUGUUUGUCCUACAUUGAAACAUGCAGUACUAAUUCCCUGCGCCUGUUGCAGUUUCAGCCUAGAUGAACCAUUCUCUGAUCUAUCUGUAAUGCUUAUUUACACAUAGCAGGCUUGUGCAUAGAGUAAAGCAGUAUUCAAAUAAAUGCACGUGGGUGGAGUACUUAAUGGACACCAGGGCAAAAAUAAUUGGAAGAGAAUGACAUUAUCAUUGCUAUUAUCAAU